AUGUUGCGCCAGCAGCAGCGUCAGUUACGAGAGUACUUGAAUCGGAAGAGGAAUGUGGAGGAAGCCAACAAGCGUUUGGGGGAUGUUAAACGUUUACGGGAAGCCCUGGAUACAAAUAAGCCGAUUCCUUCGGACUUGCGUGGCACGGAACUACCCAAUGGAAAUAUGAUAGUAGCGGAUGGCAAUGAUUGUGUAAUUGACGAUGAGUACCGAUUGUGUGGUACGUAUGACCCUCGAAUCUUGAUAACUACUAGUCAGAAGCCUACAGGUCCUUGUAUUCGAUUCGCAAAAGAAUUUGCAUUGAUGGUUCCGAACAGUACACGAGUCAACCGAGGUCAGAUGAAUGAAGAAGAGUUAAUGGAGUUAUGCAAAGCCCAAGGAUGUACGGACUAUAUACAAUUUUCAGGAAGUGAUGGCGAAGGUAGACCUACAUUAAUGGUCAUAUCACAUUUGCCAUACGGGCCCACUGCUCAUUUCACUAUACGGCAAUUAAUGCUGAGAAGUGACCUAUCCGAGAAACCACCAAAAAUGAAACAAGCUCUACCACAUUUGAUCUUCCAUAAUUUCGACGGACAGAUUGGGCAUCGAAUCAUGAGAAUACUAAAAUUCAUUUUCCCUAAACCAUCAACAAUUGACGAUCAAGAUACUCGGGUUAUUAGCUUCAUCAAUCUUGGUAAUGAUGUUAUCUAUGUCCGGCAUCAUACAAUUCUCAGCAACUCAACAUUACGAAAAUUCCGACAACAUGAUCCUGCUCUUAAAGACAUGACAACAUCACAAAAAGAUUCACUGCUGGAGAAUAUAGACCUUGAUGAACAAGGGCCAAGAUUUACAUUGGAACCUUUCAAAAUCAUCCGAGGAAUUCCAGGACAAAAAUAUGCUGAUAUCGAAUGGCAAAGAAGUUACUAUGUCAGAAAAUCCGCCAAAAUUCUGGGCACACAAAAUUUAUGA